CGGAGCACGUGCUGCGGGAGCGGAAGUGCGGCAAGUAGGGCGGUGGCGCGGGUGGGUGCUGAGGGCAGGAGCCUCCACCUCGUGGGGUAGCAGCGUGCCCCAAGAGAGGGACUUGGGAUGCAGAGCUUCCUGAGGCUGCUGAGGGACAGAGGGGAUGCUGAGCCACCACUGGCGGAGUUGGUGACUCUUGCAGGCAGGCUGUGUCGGGACCUCCAGGAUGACCCUGCCCAGGUACAGCCCUUGGUCACGGCUGUGUUGGAUAGUCAACUCCGCCUGCACCUUCUGGACAAUGCGGACGUGGCCCUCGUGUGUGCCCGAGUGCUGGCCCAGCAGGAGCAGCAUCAGGCUGCCUGCCGGGUACUGGAGGGUUGCCAGGUGCCUGGAGGCAGCCAGGAACUGGUACAACUCUGGAACGACAUUCACUAUCGCCUGGUCAUGAAGCGGCUGGGCGUGGUGGCACUGACCCCAGUGCAGAAGUUCCGCUGCAGAAAGAGGAAUCCACCACCUCCCUCCCUCUGCCCUGGUGGCCUCAAGAGCCGGAACUUCCCCAGAGAGGUUCGCCAGAAGCUGCACGACUUUGCCUCUGGCGUGAGCCCCAAUCCCAGCAAGGUGGAGAGGGAGCACCUGGCCUUGGAGACGAGCCUGACGGUAGAGCAAGUGUACAACUGGUUCGCCAAUUAUCGGCGGCGCCAGAGGGCUCUUGUCCAGCGCCUGGAGCCAGCGCCAGUGGACGCAGCAGAGGACCCCAAGGCGAAGGGCAGGGGUUCGGACCUGCCCCGGCCCGCAGGACAGCCCCACCUGGGCCCUGGCUGCGUGGACGGGCCUCGGUGGCCAGGAACAGAGGAAGAUGAGCCUGUACCGUUCAGGGAGACCACUCAGGGGCCUUGGGAGUCUCUGGCCCUGGCCCCAGACUUUUCUGGAGAUGAGACUAUAAUGAAGCCAUUGCCUCCCAGGUCUCUGCUGGGUGGUGAGAUGUAUCAGGAGGGGCCUGGCCACAAUCCUGCCACUCUGCCCCACAUCUGCCCAGGCCCUGGCCUCUGCCCUCUGACUGCUGGCAGUGACAUGCUGGACCCUUCUCUGGUUGCCCCUGAGUCAUGGCUGAUGUCCCUUGCACUGGCGUCCUCCAAGGAAGUUUCCUUCCAGACUGGGCAGCUGGUCCAUGGGCAUGGGUUGGACUGCAUGAUGCACCCUGCAGAUGCCGCUGUGGGUGUGUCGAUCACUGCCCUUGGUGAACCCAACUCCACAGGAUUCACUGACUCACCUGUUAGCAACCCCCAGAGUAUGUACCUGGAAGAAGGUGCAGGCACCAGCGGUGGCCAGAUAGAGCAACGGGCGGGUAGCUUCCUACUCACACAGACCCCAGCACAGCCUCCUGAGUUCAUCUUAACCCAGAGCCUCCUGGAGCUGGCCCCAGGCCCUUCCUUCUCCAGCCGUAUCUCUACUGUGGACUUGGGCCAGCCCUUGCCUUCCAGCCAGGUGCAGUGGCCUGAUGGCCAGGCCUCCAGCGAUGCCUUCUGGGGAGCCAGGAUGCUUCUUGAGCUUUCAGGGGGCAGCCUGGGUUGAGAUGUCCCUUUAGGGUGUCCAGCCAGUGCCUCAGGGGAGCAGAAAGAACAAGCAGGAGAAGCCACAGAGGGAUAAGGAGAAGCAGACUCCCCGCUGAGCAGGGAGCCCCAUGUGGGGCUUAAUCACAAGACCCUGGGAUCAUGAUCUGAGCCGAAGGCAGAUGCUUCACCAACUGAGCUAGCCAGGCACCCCAUCUCUGUUUUCAAAACCUUUUUUAUGCUAAAAGGAAAUCCCAUCACCCACAACUCAUUUGCUUCCCACUUCCCUUUGACCUCUGGAAUCCUAUAAUCUGUGGCUUUUUGUGUUCCCUUCUUUCUCUUAGUGGAAUGUGUUUUAGGUUCAAACACUUACCUCGAUCACUCUUAUGGCCGACUGUUACUCUACUGUGUGGACCUACCGCAGUUUUUCCAUUCCACUUCCGACAGACAUUAGCUUUGCUUUCAUCUUUCCACCGUGGUGAAUACUGCUUCUACGACCAUCCAUGUACAAGUUCUGGUUUGAAUACCUGUGUUCAUUUGUUUGUAUGUAUAUUCCCAGAAGUGGUAUUGCUAAAUCAUUUGCUAAUUCUGGGUUUAGCUUUUUGAGAACCUGCAAAACUGUUUUCCAUAUUGACUACAAUACUUUAUGUUAUCAUCAUCAGUAUACUAGGGUUCUAAUUUCUCCAUAUCCUCACCAACUCAUGUCAGUAUCUUUUUUUUCUUAACAUAUUUCCAUGUGUCUAUUGGCAUUGGAUUUAGCAAUCAUUUCUUGGGUGUGAUUAACAAAAGCACAGGUAAUAAAAAAGUAAAUUGGACUUUAUCAAAAUUACAAACUUAGGAGUACCAAAGGACAAUAUCAAGAAACUAAAAAAAUAAUCAAUGGAAUGGGAGAAAAUGUUUGCAAAUCAUACAUGUGAUAUGGGUUCAGUAUGCAGAAUAUAUAAAAGGAUUCUUACAACUCAACAACAAAAGUGUGCAAGAGAGAUUUGCUGUGGCUUCCUCAGAGACAUUUUGUCUUCGAUAGUGGGCAUAAUCUGUUUCUGACUUUCUCUGUGUUUAUCUGUACUUUGUCAUGUAAUAAUUCAGUGCAAG